CCCCGUGAGGUCAGCGCCCGAGGCAUCUUUGGAUGAGUUUUAUAUCCACUGUUGCUCCUCGGCUGAGGAGUGUCAGAGGGGGAGCAGGGAAGCAUCCCAGCUUCAGUGCCGGAUACACCACACGACCACCCAGACCAGCUCUGACUGCAGAGAACACACAGGCAGGAGUAAGAUGAUGAUGAUGAUGCACACAGGCCUGGAUGACCUAACAAAGCAGAGGAUGAUGCAGGCCAAAGCUCUGUCAAAGGAGGCCAGAGGAGGGGGUCUGAACCUGGGGAAGAAGGUGAGUGUUCCCAAGGAUGUGAUGAUGGAGGAGCUCAACCUUCCAUCCAAUCGAGGCUCUCGCAUGUUCCAGGAGAGGCAGAAGAGGGUCGAGAGGUUCACGCUGGAGAACGCACCCGGUGGUUCUUAUGACACGCACAAUGUCUACUUGGAGUCAGUUCCUCCCUCACAGAUCAUCCCAGAGCCGCAGGCAGGAAAAGAGAACCAGGCUUUCUCCAUCCCUGGUAAGCAUAGCCUGGUCAUGAACCUUCAGAAGACUGUAGCAAAGAAGGGCGCUCCUGAAGUCCUCGCUCCAGGGUAUUCUGGCCCUCUGAAGGAAAUUCCUAAAGAGAAAUUUAACACAACAAUUAUCCCCAAAUCCUACUGUUCCCCGUGGACGGAGGCUUUGAGGGGUAACGAAGAGCUCCUGAACUCCCUCAAUAUCCAACUACCUGAGCUCCCACAAAGACAACAGCCUGCUAACUACAGGUGUUUCAACAGAUCCGCCAGGCCAUUUGGGGGAGCCAUGACCAGUAAGAGGGUGAUCCCAGUGUUGAACUUUGAAGCAGUGGAAACCCAAAACCUGCCCAGGGUCGCUCUGGAUCAAAUGUGUCGACGGCCGAACUUUAACCGAGCACCCAAAGGAUGGGGGGAUGAUUACAACCCUGAAUCUAAUGAACUAUGAAGAAAAGAGGGCUAACAAGUCGAAGACUGAAGCACUUGACUUACGCUUGCAUUUCUCCUCUUACAAAGAUGAUCACACUGUAACUCAGUGAACACUAUAGGGGAGAAAAAUAACACUCCUGCUUGAUACAUGAAGUGGUUUGUUAUAACCGAGUGUUUAGACCAGCUGAGGAAACUCCAAAUGCUGGAUCACAUUAUCAAUGUGGAGUCCGUGGAAAUGCUGCAAUAGUGAUGAGUUGUAACUAACCUUUGUUCGCAUACUAAGCAAUAUGUGCCACAGCAUCUGAUGCUUCUCCCCUCUCUCCCUCUGAACUCCACCUGACAUGCAAGAGCAAAGGGGGCAGCUUACUCUGCUUUUACACAGUUUAAUGAAUGAUUUGCACUAUGAGAUGAUCAAUGACAGAACUGAGUCAAUUUAAUAAGAAGUGAAACAACAGUCAAAGAAAGGCUACCAAUAAACUACAUCGUUAUGUUGUGGAAUAUCAAUGUGUCACAUAAAAAAAGAGUCAAUGUAGCAGUAAAUCAAAAAGGUUUAAAAAUGCUUCUCUGAGUUCUACUCCUUGUGAUACUUUACACAAUCUGACAAAUACAAGUUGAACCUAUUGUUUACAUUUUUGUAUGUACAAUAGCUCCAACCACAAGAGCCUGUUAAGCCAUGUGGCCCUGAUCACAAGAGCCAUUUUGCACCGGUUUGAAGUCUUUCACCGUAUUCUCUUCCAGCUCUUCAGAUCCUGUUCUUAAUCUUUCUGUGGGUGGUGAAAAAGUCAUCUUGUAGGGUCCUUGUUCUUGUCCCAUUCAACACAGAAUGUGCAGUUCCACUGCUCUGCGGGUGGCAUAAUAAAUCAGAUGUUUUCCUGUAAGAUGCGACUGGGUUCUAUGCUUAGUAUUUCUCCCAGACGCUAUCGGCAGGUUUUGGGCCUGCUGACAGCAUCUGAAGUGAAAGCACCUGACCAGGGUUAACGCGAAGAGAAGAAUGACACCUAUUGAUAGAAUGAUUUAACUCCCGCAGCUAAUCGCCAUGACGUGAGCCGUGUGCGGCAUGGGCACCCAUGCGCUGAGGAUCCUGAGAGGGGUAGUGGAUUUGACCUGGAGGUCUCAUGCUCAUUGGUGGGGGCAUGGGUGGAGCCAUGGGACCCAUGUGGUGGAACAUUGGCGGGCCAAAACCUGAUUGACAGAAAGAGAGAGAAUACAGUUUUAGGUUUCCUUAUCAAGUCAAGUUUGCAACUAUUGACACCGUUUUACAUGAGAGAUAAAUCAGCACAGAGUUGAAAGUGAUAACUAA